GCGGAAACUGAUGAGAAGUUAUUUUAUUACAAGGGGACAGAAGACACAGGAAGAAGAAAAAGAGAUUCUCUUCUCGGCGCUCUCUCUCUCUCUCUCUCGCUCUCGCUCUCUCUCUCUUAUCUCUGACAGUGUCCACCACCGUCUCCUCUUGUCAGAACGCAACUGGAAAGUGUAAUCGGAACAAAUCUCGCCGGUGAAAUCUCACGGCUUUGAACUCGCCGGAAUACGCCUCAUUUCCGACUAGAAUCCGCCGGAAUAUUCCUCAUUUGAUACCGUAAAUCGAUCCGUCGGUUACCGGUAAUUAAUUAAUUGUGUGGAUACGCAGGGAGGAUGAAUCUUCGAGGACGGAUAUGUGUACAGUGAAUAGUAGUAGACACUGAAUUUGAGUGAAUACACAUGCAUUCGCAGAGUGUGUGUGUUUUAGGUGAAGAUGUCGGUGUACGAUGCGGCGUUUGUGAACAGUGAGCUUUCGAAGCCGACUUCGAUUUUUGGACUGAAGCUAUGGGUGGUGAUUGGGAUCUUUGUUGGAGCCGUUAUAGUUCUCAUUCUAUUCCUCAUCUCUCUCUGCAUCACGGCCUCGCGCCGCCGCACAUCCAAGGCCAAGCUUCUCUACUCACACCCUGCCGCCGCAGAGCUCACCCCAGUCGUUUCCAAGGAAAUCCAGGAGAUCGUCCACCAUGACGCUGCUCCGGAUCACCGCCCCGUCGCUCAGGCAGUGCCAGAAAUUCAGAUUGACAUGGGGAAGGUAGAGCACAGAAUUGUGUUCUCAGACAAGGGACCAGGGGCAUCGAGUGGGGAGAGUAGAGCAACAAGUGGAGCAGAAACAGGAUCCAUUGGAGGCAGUGGAUCAUUGCCGGAAGUGUCCCAUCUGGGGUGGGGAAGGUGGUAUACUCUCAGAGAGCUUGAGGCUGCUACCGAUGGAUUGUCUGAUGAGAAUGUCAUUGGUGAAGGUGGCUAUGGGAUUGUUUAUCGGGGUGCCUUGGGUGAUGGUACCAGAGUUGCUGUGAAAAAUCUAUUGAAUAACAGAGGUCAAGCUGAGAGAGAAUUUAAGGUAGAGGUGGAAGCUAUUGGGCGUGUAAGACACAAAAAUCUUGUAAGGCUUCUUGGCUACUGUGUUGAAGGAGCUUACAGGAUGCUUGUGUAUGAGUAUGUAAACAAUGGGAAUUUGGACCAGUGGCUUCAUGGAGAUGUAGGGGAAGUCAGUCCUUUGACGUGGGAUAUCCGUAUGAAUAUAAUAUUGGGAUGUGCAAAAGGUUUGGCCUAUCUACAUGAGGGUCUUGAACCAAAAGUAGUGCAUAGGGAUGUGAAAUCCAGUAACAUACUCCUUGAUCGGCAAUGGCAUGCGAAGUUGUCCGACUUUGGGCUUGCUAAGCUUUUGAAUGCAGAGAGUAGUUAUGUGACAACUCGUGUGAUGGGAACAUUUGGAUAUGUUGCCCCAGAAUAUGCUUGCACUGGUAUGCUGAAUGAAAAAAGUGAUAUUUAUAGCUUUGGAAUACUUAUCAUGGAGAUAAUUACUGGGAGAACCCCUGUUGAUUAUGGCCGGCCACAAGGAGAGGUUCACUUGGUGGACUGGUUGAAGACUAUGGUUGGAAAUAGAAAAUCAGAGGAAGUGAUAGAUCCUAAGCUACCUGAAGUGCCUUCUUCAAAAGCACUGAAGCGUGCUCUUUUGGUUGCUCUUCGCUGUGUCGACCCUGAUGCUCAGAAGAGACCCAAAAUGGGACAUAUUAUCCAUAUGCUCGAGGCAGAUGAUGUAUUAUUUCGUGAUGAACGGAGGAUUGGAAGAGAAUCGUCCACCAGUUCACACCGUGAUCACAAGGAAGACGGUAACGCUGGUCCAAAUAUAGGCAAAAAACAGUAUGGUGAUGGGGCUUCUGAUACCAGUGAAGGCGACAGUAGUAGGAGCCAUAACCCACCAACUAGAUGGAGAUAACAUUACAAGGGAUAAUAUCAUGCACGAUCCAAAGCGUUUUGCAAUUUAUUUAUGCCUAUUGAAGUUUUUUUGUCCUCCACCCACCUGAUAGCACUGUAGUUGAUCACGCCCCCCGGUUUUACUAUUUUUGGCUAUAUUUAUGCCUUGUUUGUUCACAGCAUUAAUUGCAGUUGUACAUCUCAUAAUAUUACUCCAUAAUUUGUUAUUCUUAUAACAGUGAUUCAUUGGAUUUGGCUUGA